AUGAAUGAUGGGCAGACGUCGUCGUCGUCGUUCGCCUUUGUCGAGUUAUUUGGUUCCGAGUUAUGGAAGAUCAUCAGCUUGGGUGAUCACCCCGCGCAGCCCAAAUCAACUCCGACCGAAUCGCCGUGCACGUCGUCGAAUGCAGCGGCCGCGCUGCCAUAUCCUCCAGCCCUCCUUACUCCCCGCUACCAUGUCCUCCUCCUCCUCCCGCCUCGCCUUUUAAUGUACCCCGCUCUUCCUCUCCGCAAUGACACAAGGGUCCCUGCUUCUCGCCCCGCUCCCAUGACCUACUCCUACCUCGUACACUCCCUCCCGCCGCCGAGUGCGCACAGCCAAUACACCUACGCGACGGCUAGCCUGCCUCCGCCCUCCGUGCCUGCACAGGAGCAGUCGCAACCCAGCCCUCCGCCUGCCUCCUUGACACCGCCGCAAAUGAGCCCUACGAAGCGCAAGCACAUCUGCCAGACAUGCGAGCGCGGGUUCACCACGAGCGGUCACCUGGCCAGGCACACGCGCAUACACACUGGCGAGCGCAACCACAAGUGCCCGUUUCCAGGUUGCGAGACGCGCUGCUCACGACAGGACAAUCUGCAACAACAGUGA